AUGACCGAGGUUGUUGGAUCUCAUACCACCUCCAUCCAAAAAUUGGAGAUGCAAAUGAGAGACCUCUCCAAAGAGCAAAAUCCAAAACAAAAGGGAACACUCCCUAGUGACACGGUUGCAAAUCCAAGAGGUAGUGGGAGUGGCCCAACUUCUCACAUCAUGGCAAUCACUACUAGGAGUGGGAAAGUGCUACACGGAGAGGGUGAACAAACGGUUGAAGCAGAAGAGUCCGAACAAAGGGUUGAGGUUGAAGAGCCAAGUGUUGUCGAGGUUGAAAAGAUUCCGGAUGAGUCGAAUGGGCAAGAAGAGAACCGGGAAGAGGUGAAGGAAAAAGUGAAAGAGACACCAAAAGCUCUUCCACCUAUUCCUAGACCUCCUCCCCCAUUUCCUCAAAUGCUCGCGAGAAAGAUUGAUGAUAGCAAACUUGAAAAAUUCUACGACAUUCUCAAGCAAUUAAUAGUGAAUAUUCCAUUUGUGGAAGCUUUUAAAGAGAUGCCGGGGUUUGCUAAAUAUUUAAAGGAUUCGAUCACCAAAAAGAAGACCACAAAGAAUGAUGUAGUAAACAUGACUCACCAGGUUAGCUCUAUUAUUGCCACAACCAAAGUCCAAAAGAAAGAAGACCCGGGAGCUUUCACCAUUCCUUGCACCAUCGGGGCCCGUGAUUUUGCAAGAGCCUUAUGUGAUAAUGGGGCUAGCAUCAACUUAAUGCCUCUUUCCAUCUAUAAGCAAGCGGGGUUAGGUAUGCCAAGACCCACUAGUAUGAGAUUGCAAAUGGCCGAUCGGUCAAUCAAACGCCCGGUGGGAAUUGUUGACGAUGUACUUGUAAAAGUGGGGAAGUUUCAUUUGCCCGCCGAUUUUGUAAUUCUUGAUUGUGCGGUUGAUAAAGAAAUCCCUAUCAUUUUGGGGAUACCAUUCCUGGCCACGGGAAGGGCACUCAUGGAUUCGGAGCGGAAUGAAAUUAAAUUCCGGGUGAAUGAUGAAGAAGUCACAUUUCAAGCGAGCAAGGGUAUGAAACUACCCCAUGAGUAUGAGAGCAUUUCAGUGAUAGAUGUUGUUGAUGAGGUAGAAGGUGCCGUCGAAAUGAAAAUGGAAGAACAAUGCCUUGGUGAGGCAUUGGCGGCUAUCUUGGUUAACUUUGAUGGUGAAGACAUGGAUGGGUACAUGGAGUCGGUAAAUGCAUUGGAGGGUCUUGGAUCCUACACUUAUACUCCAGCAAAGCUUUCCCUUGACUUGGAGAAUAGGGCCACACCUCCCGCAAAGCCAUCAAUCAUUGAGCCACCACAACUAGAGCUCAAACCACUCCCUCCGCACCUAAGGUAUAAAUUUCUUGGCUCUAAUGAUACUUUACUCGUAAUCGUUUCGUCUUUGUUAAAUGAUGUGCAGGUAGAGCAAUUGUUGUAA